AAGCCUACCAGUCCUUUGCCUUAUAUAGGGAAUUUCCUAGCAUAAUUCACACAGUCUGCGUGGAAGAAAAGGCUGAACUGAAAGAAAGUUAAAAGUGAUAAAUGGCAAAGAAAACAGCACCCAUAUUCAAGGCUCUGUUGGAUUUGACGGAACUACAUUCAUCCAGAGUAUUAGGGACUCAAACGAGGAAUGACAUCAGGGUUCUGAGUUCCUGUGGUAUCCUCGCCCCCCAAUGUGCCCGGCAGCCUCAGCUCACCCCUGGCGCAGGCACCUUUCAGACGCGCCGGUCAUUCAUCCACAUCGCGGCCCCCUUCAUGGGCAGCAAGAAAAUUGAGUAUUCUGAAUCAAAGCUGCUGGGAUAUUCCACUGAACAGAUGUACAAUGUGGUCGCCAAUGUGGAGAACUAUCAGCAGUUCGUCCCCUGGUGCAAGAGUUCAAAAAUCAUCUCCCAACGGAACCAGGUGACCAAGGCACAGCUGGAGGUCGGCUUCCCUCCCAUUGUGGAACGCUACACUUCUGAGGUCACUGUGAUCCCACAACACCAAGUCAGGGCGGUAUGUAAGAAUUGCUCGCUCUUCAAUCACUUGGAGACUGUCUGGAGAUUCAGCCCUGGAGCGCCUGCUCAACCAGAGACCUGCACUUUACAUUUUUAUGUUUCAUUUGAGUUCAGAUCCUUGCUACAUUCCCAGAUAGCCACUGUAUUCUUUAAUGAUGUGGUGAAGCAGAUGGUGACUGCUUUUGAGAAGCGAGCGGCGAGGAUGUACGGACCACAGGCUGUGAUUCAGGAGUGUGAAGAGAACGCUGUACGAAGACGGAGGGCAGUGUGACACGAAUUGCACAGUGACACAUGCUUCUCUUUUUAACUUUACUGAAGACUUGUUUCUUAUUUUUUUUUAGUCCACCUUGUCUGCUGGACCAAAUUCAUUCCUGCUAUUUAUUAUUAUUAUUAUUAUUAUUAUUAUUAUUAUUAUUAUUAUUAUUAUUAUGAUGUAAAUAUGUGCAAUGGAAACGCUGUAACCAUAGAAAUAUAUAUAUA